AUGAACUGGCUAGCUGUGAUUUGUACCGGUACCAAUGGAUGGCGCACGUGUAAACAGCCCCGAGUACUGCCCGCUUUGGCCCUGUACCUGGGUUCAAACCCCUUCGAGCAAGGUUUACACGUGACAGGCCUAUGUAACAGGGCUUUGUUGGGGCUUUGUGGCGUGGCCCUGGCCCUGAACCUGGGUUCAAGUCACCAGUGUAGGUGCAAGGAGUUACAUGUACCAGUACUUCGUGGAGAUAUUUUGGCAUGUUAUGAACUCAGACCUUGGUCCAGGGUAUAUUUAUGGGAUAUUACAUGCAUGUUAGGUGACAAAUAUCAUAUGUAUAAGGUUAAACAUAUGGGGUAUUACAUGUAUGGGCAUUGGGCGGCCAGUUGGCAAGGUCUUGGGCCUGAAUCAGGGCACGAGUCUCUAAUGUUAGGCAGGAUGAGUGGGGUAGAUUUGUGUAAUGGGACAUCUGUGGGUACUUUGGUGCGAGUUUGGUCUUGGACCUGUGUUCAAUCCUUGAACCUGGGUUCACGUUACCAGCAUAUGGUAGAUUGUGCUUUGCAAGCACAAUUAUAUGUGUUUUGUGGGCCAUUGGGUAUCGGCGUUAUUUGGCAUCGCUAUACUGAUAUACCCGAGUUUGAUUCUGGAGUGUUGGGUAUUAUGUAUGUGAGAAGAUUAGGCACCUGUGUACGUAUUGGGUAUCAAAUUUUAUCAAGACAGAAGUGUAUGUCUCCAGUGCAUUGGUUACUUGGUUCAGGGGUACAAAAUAAUUCCUGUUACAUCCUGUGUGCGUGGUUUAGAGUCAGAUUCAAUAUCUAUGUGGCAACUAACAAUCAAUUGAAGCAGUUUAGUGUAGGAAGCAUCAACAUCACAUACGGGAUGGAUGGUUGGUGUAUACCGACAGUUCAUUGGAUCGACAGAGUGGUUAAUUUGGUGGGAUGCUUGACUAAUCAGAUCCUAUAUACUGUUGGUUAUUGUACUAAGUGUGGCGCUAUCUCCUUUUUCACCCCUCAGGGAGUAUUAGUGGAAAGUAUGAUUCUUAGGGUAGCCAUAGAAUCUGUUGGUUCGUACUAUAAUGAACUGGGUGCUAUCUCCUUCUUCAACACUAGGUUGGUUAUCUUAAAUAGGCUUCUUAUCAAUUCAUUCAAGUGCCAAGGUCAUUCUGAGAUGGCCCUUUCAAAGUAUGAGUGUCCGCAUGGUUGGGCAGACUUGUGGAUGAUUAAGGCAGGGAUCUGCUUUAACUUAUUGUGUUCUGGGACAGUCUGCGUAACCGGUCCAUCCCGUAGGGGACUACCGUAUUUAGCUUUGGUGCUAUCUCCCUCUUCAGCCCUAGGUGCUGGUUAUCCUCAAUAG